AUGUCUUGGAUUCGUGUGCUGGAGACGCAAGAGUAUCGAGAGGGUCGCUGUAAAGAUCGUCAUCAAUGGCUAGAUAACGAUGACCUGCGCCCUAUUCCUGUCAAAGACCGGACGUAUACGUGGAGAACGUACUUUUGGUUUUGGCUCUCUGCCAAUGCCACCCCCGCCUCGUUCUACGGCGCAACGACAGCGUUAGCAGCGGGCUUGAGCUUGUGGGAGGGUAUCGCCUGUCAACUUGGAGGCCAGAUCAUUAUUGCAGUUAUCCUCUGUUUUAAUGGCCGCGCUGGGGCCGUCUAUCAUAUUCCGUACCCUGCCAUUGUUCGAGCUAGCUUCGGUGUAUGGGGGGGUUAUUGGCCUGUGAUCAACAGAGUUGUGAUGACUCUUGUAUGGACCGGUGUCAAUGCCGUACAGGGCGGUCAAUGCACAUAUGUAAUGCUCCAUGCAAUAUUUCCCUCGAUCGCAAGAAUCCCUGAUGUAUUUCCACCCGAUGCAUCGGCUUUGACGUCUGGUGGUCUUAUUGGCUUUGCACUAUUCUGGAUCUUGACUACCUCUUUCCUUCACAUAAGAAUUCCCAAGCUGAAGUGGUACAUAUACGUCAAGCUCUUAUUUUUCGUUCUCUGCUGCAUCGGGAUGUUGGCCUGGACUGUCAAAGAGGCUGGAGGCAUUGGGCCCGUUGCACGUCAAAACAGUACUGUAUAUGGGACUAAGAAGUCCUGGCUUAUCGCGCAGUAUAUCUGGAUUUACUGCGCUAACUGUGCCACGUACGCGUCAAACGCCGCCGAUUUUAUGCGGUAUGCCAGGAGACCUAAAGAUGCCUUCUGGCCACAACUCAUUGGAUUUCCCCUGUCAACACUAUUGAUCGGCUUAGUCGGGAACAUCGUCGGGUCAACAUCUCAGAUUAUAUUUGGUGACCUGAUCUGGAAUCCGAUUACUCUCCUAGAUGCCAUGCUCACUCGUGAUUAUACUCCAAGAACCAGAGCGGGCGCCUUCUUUCUCGCCCUUGGGUUUACUUACAGUUCGAUAUUCUCUUCUAUAUUUGAGAAUUCCAUUCCGCCAGGCAACGAUCUCGCCGCACUCUGGCCUAGAUUUAUCACCAUCCGUCGAGGCUUCUACCUCGCUGCCGUUAUUUCUUACGCAAUGUGCCCUUGGUAUAUCCUCGGGACGGCCUCAAGCUUCGUCAGUUGGCUCGCCUCCUAUCAGAUCUUCCUUUCUGCUAUCACCGGAGUGAUGCUCUGCCAGUACUACCUUAUCAGUCGCGGCCAUUUUCUAAUCCCGGAUCUCUAUACCACCAAGCCGUCUGGACUUUAUUGGUAUUCUAAUGGAUGGAACUAUCGCGCAUACGUUGCCUACUUGAUGGGCAUUGCACCCAACUUCUACGGCUUCCUCGGCGUAUUCGGAGUCAACGUCAGUCUGGGCGCGGAACGGGAAUACUACUUCGCCUACCCGAUUGGCCUGUUCGUUAGCUUUAUGGUAUAUUGGGGGCUGUGUCUCUUGCAUCCACCGCAAUGUAUGAUGAAAUCGAAGGAAUGGAACGAACCUCCCGACUACGUGGUUUCGGAGGACGACUGGAUGACCAACAGAGACGCCUCCAGUCUCGACGAUGACAAAGAGAAAGUGGAUCUCACGAACGUCGCUGUGAAUGUAGUGAGGGAGUAG